GGGGAGACGGCGAGUACACUCUCAGACGGAGGUCUAGUCUCCAGCCUAUUUUUAGCUCAAUAGGAAAAAAAAAAAAAAAGAAGAACUGUUCUCUGAUUUUUUUGCCUGCUCAGCAGAGCAGAGCAGCUGAGACAUCUGUGCCCUGACGAGAAGGCCUCUGGGUUGAGCAAGAUGGAUUAUCAGACGACAAGUCCGUUCUAUGACAUCGAUUACGGUAUGUCAGAGCCCUGCCAGAAAACCGACGUGAGACAAAUCGCAGCCAGGCUCCUGCCCCCGCUCUACUCGCUGGUGUUCAUCUCUGGUUUUGUGGGCAACUUGUUAGUCGCCCUCGUCCUGAUAAAGUGCAAAAAGCUGAAGAGCAUGACUGACAUCUACCUGCUCAACUUGGCCAUCUCUGACUUGCUUUUCCUUCUCACCCUCCCAUUCUGGGCUCACUACGCAGCUCACCAGUGGGAGCUUGGAAAUACAAUGUGUCGACUUCUGACUGGGCUCUAUUUUAUAGGCUUCUUCUCUGGAAUCUUCUUCAUCAUCCUCCUGACAAUCGACAGGUACCUGGCUAUCGUCCAUGCCGUGUUUGCUUUAAAAGCCAGGACGGUCACCUUUGGGCUGAUGACAAGUGGGGUCACUUGGGCGGUGGCUGUGUUUGUCUCUCUCCCAGGAAUCAUCUUUACCAAAUCCCAAAAAGAGGGUACUCGUUUUACAUGCAGCCCUCAUUACCCACCCAGUCAGUACCAUUUCUGGAGGAAUUUCCAGGCAUUAAAGAUGACCAUCUUGGGCCUGGUCCUGCCACUGCUGGUCAUGAUCAUCUGCUACUCCGGAAUCCUGAAAACCCUGCUUCGGUGUCGCAACGAGAAGAAGAGGCACAAGGCCGUGAGGCUCAUUUUCGUGAUCAUGAUAAUGUACUUUCUUUUCUGGGCUCCCUACAACAUCGUCCUUCUCCUGAGCACCUUCCAGAAAUCCUUUGGCCUGGAUCAAUGCAGUAGCUCUAAUAGGCUGGACCAAGCCAUGCAGGUGACGGAGACGCUUGGGAUGACGCACUGCUGCAUCAACCCCGUCAUCUACGCCUUCGUCGGGGAGAAGUUCAGAAACUACCUCUUGGGGUAUUUCCGAAAGCACAUCGUCAGACGCUUUUGCAAAAGCUGUCCCGUCUUCCAGGGAGAGGCUCCCAAGCGAGUAAACUCCAUUUAUACCGGAUCUACCGGCGAGCAGGAAAUCUCUGUUGGCUUGUGACUUAGAGUGGUGUUUAUACACAGCCUGGGGCUGGGAGCAGUUCUUUUAAAAAGGAACCUACUAUCAUAGAGGGUCUAAGAUCCAUCCAUCUAUUUGGCGUCUCUUUUAAGUAUAUUAGAUACUUUAAGCCCAUCAAUUCCAGAAAGCCAAAUCCAUGUGUUGAUGAAAUAGCAGCCUUCUCAUGUCCCCUCCAUGUGCAUCAAUUUAUUGGGAAACUCUCCCUUCACUGCAAAAGUUCAUUAUAGGAAAGAAAAACUCCUCAGAGAAUUGCUGAUUCUUGGGUUUGCUUACCUGAGCAGCAAUAACCAAAUGAAUUGUAUAGCUUCUUACCUGUGCAAGGCAAUGUACGGUUUGCAAAUGUGCUUAAAAUAGGUCCUUGUCUUGCUGUGAGGAAAAAGGACAUGAAUGUGAUCCACUAAGAAAAAACAUCUUGGGGCCGGCCCGGUGGCAUAGUGGUUAAGUUUGUGUGCUCUGCUUUGGCGGCCCAGGGUUCAAGGGUUCAGACCCCGGGCGUAGACCUACCCACUGCUUAUCAAGCCAUACUGUGGUGCUGUCCCACAUACAAAGUAGAGGAGGAGUGACAUGGAUGUUAGCUCAGGGACCAUCUUCUUCAAGCAAAAAAAGGAAGAUUGGCAACAGAUGUUAGCUCAGAGCCAAUCUUCCUCACAAAAAAAAAAGAGAAGAAAAGAAAUGACAUCUUCCACGUAUGAGCUCUUCUCCAAGGGGAUUUCCCCUCCAAGUUGUGGUUACUAAGUUCCACAGAUGUUCAGGACUAGGUAAGCCCUGUGGCCUGCUGAAGCUUCUUCAAAGAGAAGGGAUUUGAGGUGGAUCAGCUGUCGGUGGAGGAGAGGGAACUGAGCUCCAGGGUGCAGGGACUGCACAGGCAAAGGCUGGCUGUCGGGAGACAUGGGGGCGUCCCUGGGGAGGAAGGCCAAGGCUGAGAAAGUGAGGAACUGAGACUGCUUUGCUCAUCAAAACCUGAGGGAAGAGCAGGGAGCCCUGGCCGGGGUUGCCCAAGUCUCAUUCCAUGGGCAGGGCGUGACCUGGGAAGGAGACCAGCAGCAAUCAGACCGAGCGAGGAGGCCCCCGCGUAGGCUGAGGCACCAGGGAGGAGAAGGAGGGGUGUAUUUUCACAGCAUUUAGGAUGAGAGUCAGUAGAACUUGGGGCGGAUUUGGCUUGGAGGUGAAGGGCAGAGGGGAGUCAGAGAGAGCCCCCAGGCUUCUAGCGUGCAGAGUGGAGAUGGCCUAAAAGAGACGUCAAGCACACAAGGAGCAGGAGGUUUAGGUCAAACACAGGAGGGGUUGGUGGAAGAGGAAGGGUCGGUUUUGUGAGCUUGAACACAGCCUCACGCAGGCAGACUCUGGGCUGUCUCUCCCUGACUGCUCCUGCCCUCAGAGCCAUCCUUCCCACCCCAGCUCGGAGAAUGAGGCAUCUCCAGGGGGCUUUGAAACGCUCGGCUUGUGAACCAUGAGCCAGAGGUCAAGGGACACCGUUAGAACAGAUGCGAGAUCUAGGUGAGGCCUGAUGACAUAGUGAAUGAAAAUCCAGAGCUUUAUAAGCACUGAGUAAAGAGGCCCCAAAGAGCGGAGGGAAGCCCAAAUGACUCAGAUUCUGCCUGCUCGGGACACACCACUGUUUAAGUAUGUCUUCAUAUGUAACUAUCAGUAGGCAAAGGGGGCGAGGGACACACUCAUCGGGGAGCAGGCCGCCUCGAGCUUUAUAAGCUACAAAAGGCCAGUUGACUACCCUCCGUGUUUCAGGCUGAGUGUGGGGCUUUCAACACACCUCGCAGAUGCCUUCUCCAGACAAAUCGUACCCAACACUAUGGGAUUUACUAAUUUCAAACGGAGAGUGAUGACUUUAUUUUGCAUUUGCUACUUGUGUUAUUUCGUACUUGCCUGAGAUUGUUUUGAAUGUUGGGGUAGCUCAGAGCAUCGUAGUAAAGAUGAAGUGAGGAAACAUAAAAGAGUGAGGCUCCUCAGGAGAGCAAGGUGUCACAAUAAUAAGAGGUGCUACUGAUUUCUCUCAAGCUCUGAAACAUGCAACUGGAGGGCUGUGGCUGUCAACAGGAAGUGACUGGAAGAGCCUUUUCUUUGGCUCUUAAGGUUGCUGAGAGUACACAAGGGGCAUAUGACCCCAGCUCUGGGGCAAUUCAAGGGCAUUCUGAUAUCUUUGGGUGGAUACAUAUAUAUAUAUAUAUAUAUAUAUACAUUUAUAUGAUAUUCUGAUGUACAAAGAAAGUUACAAAUUGCUUCGAAGAAAUAUGUAUCUAAUAAAAACCAACAUCUCAAAUGA